CCCCUUUUUUUUUAUCCGGUGGAGGGUUUUAGCGGCCAUUUUGAACGGCGAAAUAAACCUUGAGACCAUUAGCGAGACGGUGGAGCUCUCAAAGCAUUAUGUGAAUCACCUCCGCAAUGGCUUCCUUCGCUUUAACCAAUCCUCUUCCUCUCGUCAGGUCUUAUUCAAGUGACUGCAUGGUACUUGCUGUUUGUAACACUUUCCAACGUAGCAAUGUGAGACUGAAGAAUUGGUGCGUUCUUGCAAUCUCCAAAAAAAAAGCUCCGCAACUCGAUCAACAAGAUUCAUCAUUGAAAGAAAGCGGGGACAAUGUUCCUAGAAAUACUCAACAAACUAGACCAAGUAGAAAAAAGGUUACUGAAGAGAGUCCAGAUCGCAGCUCUGCUGAUAUGAUUGAUAGCUUUGAAGAGGAGAAAAUCCAAGAAGAGGUUUCUAUUACAGCUUCUAAGAAAUCCACAAGUAGAGUUCUUAAAAAAGCUAGCACCUCAUUGAGCCCUGAGGAGGGGAACUCUGAGAGGAAAGUAAAAAAGAGAAAAACCAGAAAAAAGACAGUUUCUUCAGAGGAUCAAGGCAUGAGAAUUGAACUAGCUGAUGCCAAGGAGAUGAUGACAUCAGGUGGCAGUGUUGAGGAUGAUAAGGAGGAAUAUAAGAUACGAUUAAAAGAUUAUGAGGAGGAAGAUAUUAGCUUUACAUAUGGUUGGCCUCCUCUUGUAUGCUGCUUUGGAGCUGCUCAGCAUUUAUUCAUACCUUCUGGUAGAUUGGCUAACAGGCUGAUAGAUCAUGAAAUCCAUGAAUCAAAGAAGGACAUGUUAUGGACACCAACCAAGUUUAUGAGAGCUCCUGGGGGGUCUCCAUCCAGUGUUGCUAUAGCUCAUGCAAGUAUAGGCGGUAGAGUUGCAUUCAUGGGGAAACUUGGCGAUGACGAGUAUGGAGAAACCAUCCUCUAUCAUUUAAAUGUUAAUAAAGUCCAAACACGAGCAAUUAUAAUUGACAGUUCAAGAACAACAGCGCUAUCUCAGAUGAAGAUUUCCAAAAGGGGAGGCUUAAAAGCCACUGUUGUCAAACCUUGUGCUGAAGAUAGUUUUCUGAACUCAGAGAUCAAUAUUGAUGUUCUAAAGGAGGGGAAGAUGUUCUACUUCAAUUCCUCAUCCUUGUUAGGAGAAAGCAUGAGAUCAACCACAAUGGAAGCCAUUAGGAUUUCCAAGAAGUACGGAGGGGUCAUUUUCUUUGACCUCAACCUCCCAUUACCAUUGUGGAAAUCCAGCACAGAAACCACUAUAUUCAUUCAGAAAGCUUGGAACUCUGCCGAUAUCAUCGAAGUAACUAAACAAGAACUAGAAUUCUUGUGUGGGAUAGAAUCUGCUGAGAAAUUUGAUACAAAAGACAAUGACAAAUCCAAAUUCACUCAUCAUAAGCAUGAGAUGGUCAAGCAGCUAUGGCAUAGCAAUCUCAAAGUGCUAUUUGUGACGAAUGGGACUUCCAAAAUACAUUAUUACACGCUGAAUGAUAAUGGAUUUGUUCGUGGAAUGGAAGAUGCUCCGAUCACACCUUACACUUGUGAUAUGUCGGUAUCAGGAGAUGCUCUUGUUGCAGCUCUCAUGAGAAUGCUUACAGUUCAGCCACAUCUAAUCACCGACAAGGGGUAUUUAGAGCACAUGAUCAAGUAUGCGAUUAACUGUGCAGUCAUAGAUCAGUGGUUGCUAGCUAGAAUUGUAGGAUUCCCUCCUAAAGAAGGAGCAGAUCCAUCUUCUCAGACUGAAAGGAGAUUUCUUUCAAUAUCAGAGAAAGAAUACCGCACGGUUGAGAAAGCAAUAUCUUGAUUAUUAAGACUUCGUUUGGGAUGGCUUUAUUACUGCUUCUUAAAGCAGCUUUCUAGUACAACAAAUAAAUUUUUUAUACUAAAAAAUUGCUUUAAAAAACAGUAAGAAAGUCGUCCCAAAUGAACCCUAAAACAAUAUGAUAGUUUCGUUAAUCUAAUUUUAUUGUACUUCUAUUAGAUUUACUGCACUUUUAGGAGUCUAAGUCCAUUUUUGAAAAUUUGUUAAUGGUUUGGAAGCCUUGCUCUGAAGUUGUAUUGGUCCAAAGUUGCAUAGCCGUUUAUUCAUCAUUCAUGAACAUAUCCAUUCAAAAAUAUGUAAUUGAAAUGACAUUUUAUAUUUCUACUUU